UUUAUAGGGGGUAGUGAACAAAGGCUAGAAAGAACCAACUGGCUGUAGGGAAGACGGGUGGCGGUAGCAUUGAUAAACUGCAGAUCAGAGAAUGUUUCACACCGAAAUCAGCCUAUUUUCUGGAGCAUUGGAUAAGGAGGGACUGUAUGCUGGCUCACGUUGAGGGUGGGUCAAAGUUUAGGGGCCUGAGAGAAGCUUAACAAAAGUUUUGUCAAGUCAGGGUAGCCGGUAUUUUGUCCAUUGGUCAGUGAGUACAAUAAGUUCAGCUAAUCUUAAUAUGAGGCAACAAGGAUGGGAACUGGAAGUGUCUGUGUCUGACCUUGUCACAGUAAGGCAAAAGAGAAUGAAAGAAGUCGAUAAUCUUGAAAGUAUAAAAGAAGAAUGGGUUUGUGAAACAGGAUCUGACAACCAACCUCUUAGUGAUAAUCAGCAAACAACGUGUGAAUAUUUUGUCGACAGCCUUUUUGAAGAAGCUCAGAAGAUUGGUGCCAGAUGCUUGUCUCCCACUGAACAGAAGAAACAGGUAGAUAUAAGUAUAAAAUUAUGGAAAAAUGGAUUCACAGUCAAUGAUGAUUUCAGAAGUUAUUCUGAUGGUGCAAGUCGGCAGUUUCUGAACUCCAUCAAAAAAGGGGAAUUACCUUUAGAAUUGGAGGGAACUUUUGAUAAAGAGGAGGUGGAUGUUAAAGUUGAAGAUAAGAAAAAUGAAGUCUGUGUGUCAACGAAGCCUGUGUUCCAGCCCUUCUCAGGACAAGGUCAUAGACUGGGAAGUGCCACACCAAAAAUUGUUUUUAAAGGAAAAAGUAAUGACGUUACAAAGAAAAAUAAUUUGUUUGCUGUCCCACUAAACAAGCUGGAACCCAUCACUAACAUUCAGAUCUGGUUAGCCAAUGGGAAAAGGAUUGUACAGAAAUUUAACAUUUCUCAUAGGGUAAGCCACGUCAAAGACUUCAUCGAAAAAUAUCAAGGAUCUGAAAGAAGUCCUCCCUUUUCUCUGGCAACAGCUCUUCCUUUCCUCAGAUCGCUAGACGAAACACUCACAUUGGAGGAAGCGGAUUUACAGAAUGCCGUAGUCAUUCAGAGACUCCACAAGACGCCUGAACCUUUUAGAGAACUUUCAUAACAUUAAUUUCGGAAACACUAAGUGGAAAAUUUAUAGAGAAAUAAUGGUUAUAAGUGGACAUGCACACCAAAAUGGGGGAAAGGAAAAGUCAGAUUCUUUGGACUUCUGGUUCGAGUACUAUUUAACUCCCUCCGGAUGAGAAGAUUUUUAACUAAGUAUAAGGAGAGUAAACCAUGACCGGAAACUAUAUUCAAUGCACUUUUUCCAAAAGGCUACUCAAAAAAAAUACACUUAUUUUCAAAUACCAAUUAUUCAACGUAAAAUAUAUUCAAUAACUGUAUUCAUUUAAAAUCUUAAUAUGGUAUAAAUUAGCAGGUAUGUUCACAGCAUCAUUCAUUUAAGCAUCAUUCCCAAACAGCAGUGAUUUAUUUAAAUAUUAGCUGUCUCAGAAGUUUUAAAGAACUACCUUAAAAAAAAUUACUCAUGGCAAGUUAAAAGCUUCAAUGUAAUUAUUUUAUUCCUGAGGUACAAUCAGAAGGCUGGAAGGAACUGUGUUCACCACAGCUAUGUCUAGACCUCAAAGUGUUCUCAAUUUGCAUUCUCUAAUGGCAAGAUAUAUUCAGAUAUUAAUUUGGCAACAGUAUCUAAGAUGUAUUUUUAUUUAAGAAUAAAAUUUUGUAACUUAAUAUAAUUUCAAUAUUAAUCUUGUCUACUCACAUUUCUACAUUUUAAGGGACUAUAAAUUUUUAAAAUUUCUUCCUAGGAACCCCAGUUCAUCACCUAUUUUGUUUUCUUUCAAAAAUUAGGGAUUCGUUCUUAGCUAACAUUUGGAGUAAGCCAUUUGUUUGCAGCUACUUAGAAUCUAAUACUGUAUUGUCACAUUGCUAAUUAAUAUUUUUAAAAUGCAUCAUGUAAAGUAUGGUUUUCUGUUCCAUACACUAGAGUCAACCUGUGUAUACAUUAAAGGAUUAUUUAUUACAUUCUGAUGUCACCAAGGAUAACAUGCUUUGUUUCUUAGACUUUAAAACUGGUCAGACUUCAGUAUUUCACUGUCAGAUUCGAUCCCCUUGCCCAAACAUAAGUUUAGGGAGCUUUUUCCAUAAAUGAUCUAUCGCAUCAUUUAAAUUGAAAUAUAUAUUGAGUGUGCCAAGGAACUAAGCAAUGCCUAUCAGCAGUAAUGUUCAUAGGACACUGGAUGACUGCAGGAAAGAGCAGUUCUCAAACUUUUUGGUCUCAAGAUCUUUUGUUUAUGUGGAUCAUAUAUAUUAUAUUAAAAUUUAAAAGUUAUAUAAAUUUUAAAAUAAUAAAAAUGUUAGUAGUAACACUUUUAUAAAAAAAAAAAAAAUGUCUAUUUUCCAAAACAUAAAAAGAUUGAGAGAGAAAAGUGGCAUUGAAUUCCAUUUUUUGCAAAUGUCUUUCCUUUCUGACUUAAAGAAGACAGAUGGAGUCUCAUAUCAGCUUCUACAUUCAGUCUGUUGUGAUAUCACACAUCUUGUAGGCUCUAGUAAAUGCUGCUGUGCAUUCAUGAGAAAAUGAACAAAACGAAUAACGUCUUAGUGUGAUUAUGAAAAUAGUUUUGACCUGUGGACCCCCUGAAAGAGCCAUUCUUAUAAAGCCAUGAUUUACAAUGAUUCUCAAAGCUUAGUGUAAGAAUCACUUGGGAAGCAUUUUAAAAUGCCUAUUCCUGCCACCUACCACACACAUUCUGAUUCAUUGUAUCUGGGAUGAGUCCCAGAUCUCUGUAUUUUUAAUCUCAAGUGAUUCUUAGGCAUGUAGUAGAAGAACCAGUCUUCGGAAAUCCUGCACCAAGCUUCCACCCUAAGGAAAUAAAACCUGCAUGCUUCACCAUGGACGGUGGAAGGCUCUCCGCUGAAAUGGGGCUGCUAGACCUUUGAGUUUUAUCUUCGUCCCCAUAGUUUGUUCUUUUUGUUCUUAACUGUUCCCUUUUAACUCUGAACUAAUCAUGACACAAACCUAUACUUUAUCUUUUACAAGUACAGCUGAGACAAGGUUAGAAUAUUUAAAUGAGGUUUUUAUUAAAGGCUCAGGAAUAACAAAAGGGAAAUACACACCUUCCUAGGCGACCUGUUUUAUAAGAUGUAUCUUCUGUUUGAGAUCCAUUAUAAGAAUGCUUUCUUUUCUAGCUUCCAGCCUUCUGCAUGGUAGGGAUCUGUCUUUUUAUUAGGAAGAGGGAGGACAAAGGAAAACCUUUUCCUUUUGUCAUUUACUCUCAGAAAUGAACAGAUAGAUAAUAGAAAAUAAAUACUGUCAGUAUUGUUUACAGCUAAGGUAGAAUCCUAGUAAAACAAAAAUAAUGGCAUUUAAAAUAAUGAAGCGAUGGUAAAACCAGUGAACUUUUUCAGAUAUAAAACAAAAUGAUUAUUAAUGUAUUUUCUAGAAUCUAAGAAAAUGUUUCAUACAGGCCUAUCAUGAAGCAUUUUAUAAUUUUCAUUUGCAUAAUUAUAGUCUUGAUUCUCUAUUUCUAUAAAGGGAACUCUCAUUGGACGUAUUUGUCUCAUACCUAUAGAAAAGCCUCCUUCAUAGAUCUUCCAGUUUAUAAUCAUUUAACCAGAAGACACAUUGGAGGUUUUCUUGUGUGUACAUGUAUAAUACACCCCAGUGAGAAGUUCCUAUAGGGCAAGACCUGUUACCAGCAAUAACUUUCAUUUGUAACUGAAAACUUUUACUAAAGUGAAUGAUAUUCUCAGAGGUUUUUUUUAAAUGAAAAUCAUCUGAUAAAGAUUUUUACCUGAAAGUUUAAAAUUGUAAAGUUGUUAAUUAAAUGUGUAGAAUACUCAAAACAUGUUUAGAAAACAUGAAUUUGGUAAGGGAAGGCAAACUGGGAAAUAAGGAAGCAUCUGAGGUGUGGAAUAAUAUAAUUUUACCUAAGUAGUUGUUUCAACAUUGUCAUCUGUUUCUUGAAAAUCAUUGUUAGGGCUGAUAUGUAAUAGUACAUUUCCAAUUUUACAGAUUCUAAUUUAUUGGUUAAAUUACUAUGCAUUAUCCAGGUUGUAAAAGUGAUCUUACUUAUAUACUUGUCUCAUUCAGGAUACUUUUCACGAUGUUUCAUUGUGUCGAAAAUAUGUAUUCAUCUGUUUUAGUGCCUUAAAGUAUUUGGAAAACAAUCUUUUACUAAUGGUCAAAGAACUGAUGUCUUAAAGAUGAAAUACUAUUGAUUAAAAGGAUCUGUGAAAUAAUUUAUACUUGUUUGUGAUAAAAUAGUUACAUAUAAGUGCAUUUGUCAUUUUUAUUUGGCAAAGUUCUUCAGUUUGAGAAUCAACAAACAUUUAUUAGGUAUUUUCUGUUUGUCAGGUACUCUAACCAAUGUUACUUUCAUUUAAUUCUCAGAAAUGUUAAAAUGUGAUAUUUUUAAUACUAACUCAAUGUUUGUGUUUAAUUUUUGAACCAUCCUUUAUGUCCUGAGUUGAACUAGCAUGAAGACUCCUUAGUAGGGUUUACUCCUUUGUUCUUUCUCUUUCUAAGUCCAAACCAUUUAAUUAAAAAAUUGUUCAUCACACCAGA